UUGGAGAGGAGAAGCUAUUUUGAGACCUACCUCCGCAUGUCAGUCGAAGACUUUCAAAUUUUAAUAACUUUAGUUGGGCCUGUUAUAAGUAAACAAGCUACAGCAUUCAGGAAGCCGAUACCACCAGAAGAGAGAAUUGCAGUAACAUUGAGAUUCUUAGCUACUGGCGAUAGCUAUAGAACUAUAGCUAACAGCUAUCGUCUUGGCAUAUCAACUGUGAGCAACAUUGUCUCAGAAACAUGUUCUGCAAUAUGGGAUGCAUUGAGAGGGGAUUUCCUCAAAUGCCCAUCAAGUUGUUCCGAAUGGACUGAGGUUGCCGAUGUUUUUCACAAAAAAUGGCAAUUUCCAAACUGUUUGGGCGCUAUUGAUGGAAAGCAUGUUGUUGUUAAAUGUCCUAGCAAUGCUGGAUCGUUGUAUUACAAUUACAAAAAAACGCAUAGCAUUGUGCUCCUGGCUAUCGUUGAUGCAUGUUAUAAAUUUCUUGCGGUGGACAUUGGCGCCUAUGGCAGAGCAAGCGAUGGGGAAUAUUUGCGAACUCAUGUUUUGGCCGUCGCCUGCAGAAUGGAACCUUGA